AUGGGUGAGGUGACCAUCCGCCGGCGACCACCGCACGGGCUGGAGACUCAGCCCUGCGGUCCUCACGCAUUUCGCGUGGGCGGUUUACCCGAGGAAAACAAGCCACAGAACAUCCUGGAGGAGAUCGUCUGGUGGAAGGCUCGCGAGGUGGAGGUGAUGCGCGACAAGCAGCCGCUGGCGAUGCUGCAAGCUCUGGCCAAGAAGAUGGAUCCUCCGCGGGACUUCCGGGGGGCGGUUCUGGCUAAGGCCAAUGAGACAGGCCGCCCUGGCCUCAUUGCGGAGGUGAAGAAGGCCUCCCCCUCUAAGGGAGUCAUCCAGCCCGACUUCGACCCGGUGCGCAUCGCCCAGGCCUACGAGCGGGGCGGGGCCGCGUGUCUGUCCGUGCUCACGGACGCAAAGUUUUUCCAGGGCUCCUUCCAGAACCUGACCCGCAUUCGUGCUGCGGGUGUUCAGUGCCCCCUGCUGUGCAAGGAGUUCAUUGUGGAGGCGUACCAGGUGUAUAAGGCCCGGGCUAGCGGCGCGGACGCCAUUCUGUUGAUCGCUGCGGUGCUUCCCAACGCGGACCUGGCCUAUUUCAUGAAGGCCGCGAGCAACCUGGGGAUGACCUGUCUCAUAGAGGUUCACACCGAGGGCGAGCUGGCCCGCGUACUGCAGCUACCCGGAGUCGAGAACCACCUGCUGGGCAUUAACAAUAGGGACCUUGGCACGUUCAAGGUGGAUCUGAACACCACCAAACGGAUCAUGGACAGCGAGUGGGGGCAGCAGGUAAAGGAUCGGGGUAUCGUCAUGGUUGGGGAGAGCGGCAUCUUCACCCCGGAGGAUGUGGCCUUCGUAAAACAGGCUGGCUGUGGUGCCAUUUUGGUGGGCGAGUCCAUUGUGAAGCAAGGGGACCCGGAGGCGGGAGUCAAGGCGCUCCUGGCGUGA